GCAAAGAACUUUGAUUGUCGUCCUUAUCCAUCCAGUUGAACAGCACCAUCAUCAUCAUCCAUCACCAUGUCCUUGUUUUCAUAAAUGCAUCCAUCAUCAACCAUGUUCUUCAUCUUCAUCUUCCCUCAACUUCGAUCUUCAAAUUCAAUCACUUCACUUCUCAAUCGCUCAAAUUAACAACACACAAGAAGAACAACCAUGGAGCCCAUGGAUAUCGUUGCCAAAGCCAAGGAAGACGCUUCGCUCCCUAAAGCAACAAUGACGAAAAUUAUUAAGGAGAUGCUGCCCCCGGAUGUUCGUGUCGCCAGAGAUGCCCAGGAUUUAUUGAUCGAGUGUUGUGUAGAGUUUAUAAACCUCGUCUCGUCAGAAUCCAAUGAAGUCUGUGGCAGAGAGGAGAGAAGGACAAUUGCGCCUGAGCACGUAUUGAAGGCUUUAGGGGUUCUUGGAUUUGGUGAUUACAUUGAGGAAGUCUAUGCAGCAUAUGAACAGCACAAGUUGGAGACAAUGCAGGACACUCUUAAAGGUGCCAAGUGGAGCAACAGAGCUGAGAUGACCGAGGAAGAAGCGUUAGCUGAGCAGCAAAGGAUGUUUGCAGAAGCACGUGCUAGGAUGAAUGGAGGGACCAUUACUUCCAAGGAGCCAGAUGCUGACCAAAGUUAAGAGAGCUAACCUUUUAGGAUCUUUAUUUUCUUGAGCAUAGGCAAGCAUCUCUGACUCUUCUCUGCGUUAAUUUAGUUCGAUUUGCAUAAAACCCAUUCACUAGUUUGCUAGCCUAUGUGGAUGUGCUGGCCAUUGUGUUCUUUUAGUGAUCCAUAUUUGUAAGUUAAUGUAAUUAAAAGAGUUCAUUUAAAUCGUGGUCUAUUUAGAAUUACCUGUAAAUUAUUUCAUUUA